GUCCGCCAUUGCAUUUCUAGAGUUUGCGUAAAUUGGUCGUUGCCGUGUGCGAUAAUCAACCUACAUCGGUUAUCAGUGACAUUUUACGUGCGUCGUGUCGCAGCGUUUCGUUAGAACAAAGAGACUGUACGUUCAAUCGUAUGUCCAUCCAGAAUCUCAACACAUUCGACCCGUUCGCCGAUGCUAUCAAAAGCUCGGAAGACGACGUUCAAGAUGGAUUAGUCCACGUCCGAAUCCAGCAGAGGAACGGGCGUAAGACGCUGACUACGGUGCAGGGCCUGUCAUCGGAAUAUGACCUGAAGAAGAUCGUGCGGGCAUGCAAGAAGGAGUUCGCGUGCAACGGGACCGUGGUCGAGCAUCCGGAGUACGGAGAGGUGCUUCAGUUACAAGGCGACCAGCGCGAGAACAUUUGCCAGUGGCUCACCAAGUCGGGGCUCGUUAAGCCCGAGCAGCUCAAGGUGCACGGCUUCUAAGCCGCGCCGCGGUCGUCCGUCGACCUAACAUGUCCGCAUCGUGAAAUCAUCAUAGUCCUCUAAAUAAAAUGAGAACGUGCGCGUUAUAACCCUAUCGAAAAUGUAUUUAGAAAGCACCGAUGUUUACAGAGAAAAUCGUAAAACGAGGCUUAGGCCUCCCGCGCCCUGUGCCUUUCUGACUCCCGUGUAUAAUAAAGUAAAUAUUUUCGAGCAACGCUCCCGCGUUUCUGGAAAGCUUUAGUUGCAAUUGUACGCCGAACGAAAUAGUAAUAAUCACUUUGUUUUUUACGACAUUAAUACUUAUUAAAUUGCUGUAAUGAUUAUAUGAUGUGUCUCAAUUAAACAUGUUUUUCUAAGAAAA